AUGGAAGGGAGUCGGAGAGGAAAGCGGCCAGCUUGUGUUGCCUCCCCCUCAUCACCACGACCACAAACACCUCCGUUGACAGAGGAAGAUGAGGAGGAGGAAAAGAUUGAGAAGUUCUAUGCUGUUCUGGGAAACAUCAGAGCCAUGAGAGAUCUCUGGAGAACCAACCCAAGAAACAAGAGGCCGAGGAAGGAGGAGCCACUCUGGCGGCCAACUUUCGUGCGGGAGGACUUCAUUGAUCCCGACGAAGCUGCUGGGAGCCCAGAAGGUGGAUCGGUUGCUUCCAAGGAGGGAGAGAGAAGGAAAGGGAAAGAGAAGGAAGCGAGAGGAGAAGACCACAGCGGUUUGGAUCUCACCCUUGCUCUCUUGUAA